UUUCAUCUCCUGAUGGUACUACAUUAGCAUCUGUUUGUGGAGAUAACUCUAUCCGUUUAUGGGAUGUUAAGACAGGAUAAUAGAAAGCCAAAUUAGAUGGUCAUAAAAAUGGAAUUCUAUCAGUCAAUUUCUCUUCUGAUGGUACUACAUUAGCAUCUGGUAGUUAUGAUAAGUCUAUCCGUUUAUGGGAUGUUAAGACAGGAUAAUAAAAAGCCAAAUUAAAUGGUCAUUCAAAUGGAAUUAUAUCAGUCCAUUUCUCUCCUGAUGGUACUACAUUAGCAUCUGGUAGUUAUGAUAACUCUAUCCGUUUAUGGGAUGUUAAGACAGGAUAAUAAAAAGCCAAAUUAAAUGGUCAUUCAAAUGGAAUUAUAUCAGUCCAUUUCUCUCCUGAUGGUACUUCAUUAGCAUCUGGUAGUGGAGAUAACUCUAUCAGUUUAUGGGAUGUUAAGACAGGAUAAUAAAAAGCCAAAUUAGAUGGUCAUAAAAAAUGGAAUUCUAUCAGUCAAUUUCUCUCCUGAUGGUACUACAUUAGCAUCUGGUAGUUAUGAUAAGUCUAUCCGUUUAUGGGAUGUUAAGACAGGAUAAUAAAUCUUACCCUUAGAUAAUCGUUAUCAAAUAUUCAUAACUUAAUUUUCUCAUCAAAUCUUAAACAACAACCUUCUUCCAGAAAGUGUAAAUUCUCCUGUUAAUUACCCUUAUCAUAUCAAAAUAGCUACUAUUUUAAUCAUAAGGUGCUCUAAUUUUGAAAGGAGAAUUUAUUAAUCAAUCAGGCAUUGACUUGAGGACAUUAUUUUAAUAAAGAGGUAGCUGCAUUUUAGAAAACUAAAUUGGAUAACGAAAACAAUAAAAUUGAUUAUUAUAAAACAAU